UACUUCCAAGUUCGAUCCCCUCCCCCCACGCCCCACCCCCUUUCCUUUCUCCCCCUGGUUCUCUCUCCCUUUCCUUGUUUGCUUUCUAGCUUUAAUACUCUUAACCAUGGCGAUGGUGGUGUUGGUAGGACUACUACUACAAGUAGUCCUGCUUUGUUUGUUCGCUAUUGUUUCCUACGUCACCAUUUCAUGCUACUGGUUGACCCCCAGGAAAAUCAAGAAAUUCAUGGAAAAGCAAGGAGUCCGUGGUCCCAAGCCUCGGUUUCUAGUUGGAAACCUUAUUGAUGUAGCUGCCUUAGUCUCUAGCGCUUCCUCCAUGGACAUGGACUCCAUCCAUCACGACAUCGUCGGUCGCCUUUUGCCGCAUUAUGUCAAUUGGUCUAAACAAUAUGGUAAACGCUUUAUAUUCUGGAAUGGAAGUGAACCCAGGAUGUGCUUAACGGAGACUGAUAUGAUCAAAGAGCUCCUCUCUUCCAAGUACGUUAGUCUCUCCGGCAAGUCAUGGCUACAGCAGCAAGGAUCAAAACACUUUAUCGGCCGGGGCUUGUUGAUGGCUAAUGGAGACGACUGGUACCAUCAGCGCCAUAUCGUCGCUCCUGCAUUUAUGGCAGACAAGCUCAAGAAUCAUGUGGGGUACAUGGCGGAAUGCACCAAGAAGAUGCUCCAAUCACUGCACACCAAGGUGGAGUCAGGCGAAACAGAAGUUGAAAUCGGCGAGUACAUGAGUCAGCUCACGGGAGACAUCAUAUCUCGGACCGAGUUCAAUAGUAGCUACGAGAAGGGAAAGCAAAUAUUUCAUCUCCUUACAUCGUUGCAGCACCUCUGCGCUCAAUCGAGCCGCCACUUAUGCUUCCCGGGUAGCCGUUUCUUUCCCAGCAGAUUCAAUAGAGAGAUCAAAUCAUUGAAGAUGGAGGUAGAGAAGCUAUUGAUGGAGAUCAUCCAGAGCCGAAAAGACUGUGUCGAGAUUGGUCGGAGCACAUCCUAUGGAAACGACUUGCUAGGCAUGCUACUGGCGGAGACCCAGAAAAAGAGAGCCAGUGGAUUUAACUUCACCCUUCAAAUGCUCAUGGAUGAAUGCAAGACGUUCUACUUCACAGGUCACGAAACCACUUCUCUCCUACUCACCUGGACUACUAUGCUCCUCGCCACUAACCCAACUUGGCAAGAGAAGGUCCGGACUGAGGUUUUCCAGGUCUGCGGUGGAGAAGCACCCACCGCAGAACAACUCUCCAAGCUCAACCUGUUGAACAUGGUGAUCAAUGAGUCGCUUCGCCUGUAUCCACCGGCUUCCCUUCUCCCUCGAAUGGCAUUUGAAGAUAUCAAAUUGGGUGAUCUCCACAUUCCCAAGGGGCUCUCCAUUUGGAUCCCAGUACUUGCAAUUCACCAUAGUGAAGAACUCUGGGGUAAAGAUGUACAUGAAUUCAACCCAGAGAGAUUUGCUGGGAGGCCAUUUGCUCCUGGUCGACAUUUCAUUCCAUUUGCAGCAGGGCCUCGCAACUGUGUUGGUCAGUCCUUUGCAUUGAUGGAAUCUAAGACCAUACUGGCCAUGCUGAUAUCCCGAUUCAGCUUCACAAUUUCCAAGAACUACCGUCAUGCUCCGGUUAUGGUUAUGACUCUCAAGCCCAAACACGGAGUUCAAAUCUGUUUAAAACCUUUAAACCCAUGAUGAUCAAUCUCUGAUUGUGAGGCUGAGUUUUGUCCCCCCAGCGAUCGAUGAAUUAUGAUCAGAAAGGCUGAUGCCCGGUUAAUUUUGUUUUACUUGUAUUAUGAGAAACUUUUAACCACUGAAUAAUGAUAAACAUAGAACGGAUUAGCGAAA